AUGGCGGCACGGGAUCGGUACAGGGUUAAUCAGUGGUAUGAUGCUCCGGUUCCAAAGGGUAGAAGACACGACAACAAACAUUCUAAUAAGUCCGUGGAUCAAGGUACGAAAUACUUUGCUUCAAAUUUACCAACGGGUUGUUCGUCGGCAGACCUUGUUGGAGUUCUCAAGGGGUAUGGAGAAAUCAUGGGUUCGUACAUUGCUCGGAAAUAUGAUCGUUUGGGUAAGAGGUUUGGGUUUGUUAUGUUUCGAAAGGUGAGAGAUCCGUUGGAAUUGGAAAGUCGUCUAAAGGAUGUAUGGAUAGGGAGCUACAAGUUGUUUAUUGUUUUAGCAAGAUUUGUAGAUGGGGAGAGGAUAACGAGGAAGGAUGAAAAACAUUGGCAACCGGUUUUUAAGGAAGUUCCGAAGGUGCAAGAUGGCCUAGGCCAAGAAGAUAGGGAUGAAGGUAGGGUUGACAAGGAGGCCACGUUUGUGGCUCAAGGGGGUGGGAAUAGGUCUUUUAAAGAUAUGUUAUUGAAUAAGGAAGUUAUUCAGGAGCUGCCAGAGGUGACUGUUGAUGAUAAGGUAAUGGCUCUAGAAGAUCUUUUUGAGAAAGGAUUGGUGGCUAGAGUAAAGGAGUUUGGCACGUUAACGGAGUUGAAGCGGAAUUUGAAGGAGAUGACGGAUGUAGACAUUGAAAUCAACUAUAUUGGAGGGUUUAAUGUGUUGUUGGUGUUCUGUGGUGCGAUAGAAAAAACAUUGUUUUUAGACGAUAAGGAGAUGUGGAUGAGGUAUUUCGAUCGUGUUGAAGCGUGGAACAGCCAAAUUGUUGAAUUCAAACGUAUUGCAUGGCUCAAACUCUACGGUAUCCCUUUGCAUUUAUCUUGUAAAGAAGUUUUGGAUGGUAUUGCUGCUUCGGUUGGCUUGGUUAUACAAUCGAAUGAGUUUCUUGAAGGAGGGAAGGAUUUGUCGUAUGGGUGUGUUGGAGUGUUGGUUAAUUCAGCUGAGCGAGUUAAUAAAAUGUUUUUGUUGAAAUUGAGGGAAUGUAAGUUUGAAGUGUUGGUAGAGGAGGACGUGCGGGGAGUGGAGUCCGGAUUGUUUAAUCGAUUUGGAAGAAGAUGA